AUGUUGCAAUGCUAUGAGUGUGAAGCAAAAAAUUACAAUUUUCUUAUAACAGUCGAUAAUAUUCCUUCUACAUUCAAUUGUACAACAAUUGUUACACCGAAUAAAUUUUGUUCAUUGGAUAUUUGGACUACAGAUAAUGGAACAAAAAGUGAUCUUCGUGUAAAUGCAUUUGAUACUGCAGAAAAUAAAAGCGUCCCGUAUGUUUUGACUGGAUUUACUCAACAUAAUAGUGGAAAUUUUUCUACGUACAUUUUGUAUCAUUGUUUAACCGAUAAUUGUAAUAGUCCUUAUGUCGUUCUUAAACGUUUGAUUGAAUCAACAAAAACUGAAAUCAAACCACCUAGUAAAUCAUUGGCUGGUCAAUCAAAAUUAUCAGCGUCUAUCGAAUGUUUUAUCUAUUCAAAUUUUACAAAUUCAAGUGAAUGCAAGCCAGCGCGUCGAGCCACAAUAGAGCAAGAAGAUUGUUCAUUUUGUACAACAUUUAUUAAUAUUGACCCAAAAAAUUUACUAACAGAAAGAGUAUGUUCAUAUUGUGAAAAAUCUCCAGAAUCGAUUGAAAAAUGGAAAUAUAUUGAUGGAAGAAUUCAUUUGUUAAAUGAUCGUAUUAGUUAUUUAGAUUACGCAUCAUAUGUGUGUAAUACAACGAACGAGUGUAAUUCAUUGCAAAAUAUUAAAAAUAUACAAAAUUCAUAUAAAAUUCAAUUUGACUUUGAUAAGUUUCUAGGACCUUCAAGUAUUGGAAAUAAAAUAUACUCUACGAAGUAUAUCAUUUAUGUUUCAAUGGCUUUACACUUCAUGUAUGCUUUGUGA